GGGCAAAUAACAAACGGGGCCUAAUACCGCCAUGCAUGUUACUGUGCCGUACUGUUAUCUGCUUCUGCAGUGGAAUCUUCAGUACAUAGUAUUAACUUGAACCACACUGCAGCCAACCUCAACCUCAUUCUAACUCAAUCCUACCCUACCUACACUAUCUUUCUAAUCUCUUCUAUCACUUAUCAAGGCCAUACGCGUACCGUAGAUCCAUGGAGAGGAAACUUGAGGAUCACGCAAAUACUCAUUCAUAUAGGCCAAAAUCACGCACGAGGCCAUGAACCACUUGCGAAAAUGAGUCCCGAACUCUUUUAGUUCAGUUAAGGUGAACAAUACCGGAGACAAAAUAAGUCACUAAUUAGACAGCCUUCCAUAUUAUCUUAUUAUCUAUCACAUACCGAGGUACCUCCAGGGUCUUCAGCCUCCAUCUUGUUCUUUUAUUUCAGGUUAAUCUAGCAUAAAUCAAUCAAUCAAUCGCAUCGCAUCGCAUUGCGAUUUAUACAGCAUGGCGAUUGAUGAUCGUGAUGAGAAGCAGCCUCAGGCUGUAUCUCUAAACGAUGCGACAUCGCUUGAGAAUGACACAGCAACUGAGAAGCGACUUGUGAGGAAGACGGAUCUGCUCAUGAUGCCGGGCUUAGCUCUUGCAUACUUCACCCACACUCUCGACCGCGCUAAUCUGGGAAACGCGAAAACCGAUGGGCUCGAGGAUGACCUGGGCCUCGUGGGCAACCAAUACUCGCUUUUGCUCGUGUUGUUCUACGUCCCCUAUGCGCUCUUCAACAUCCCCUGGUCCAUACUGGCGAAGAAGUACAACUCGGCCAACGUGAUCCCUUUCACCAUCUUGGCCUGGGGCGCUUGCACUAUGGGUGCCGCGGCCGCUACGAACUUUGGAGGCAUCAUGACGUCGAGGAUAUUCAUGGGUGCUAUUGAGGCAGCCUAUAAACCCUGCGAGGUUUAUUACUUGUCCUUAUUCUACACCCGAAAGGAGAUGGCCUUUCGGGUGUCCUGGAUCGGCCAAAUGGGCUUCAUCGCCGGCGCCGUCUCCGGCCUAAUAUCAUGGAGUGUUUUCCAAUGGCAGGGGAAGCUACACGGAUGGCAAUACCUAUUUCUGAUCGAAGGCUCGAUCACGAUUUUCGUCGCCAUAUAUCUCUGGAUAUUCGCCCCGCGCAGCCCUGCGGAGUCGCGAUGGUAUUCGGAAGAGGACGUCAGGCUCGCCCAGCAUCGGCUCGAGCUGGAUUCCCAGGACCAGGACAAGGUGUUCCGCUGGGACGAGGCGCGCAAACAGCUGAAGCAGUGGCAAACCUGGGCCUUCGCUUUCAUGGCUCUCAUGUACGGCGUGGGUGUGGCUAGCAGCUCGAACUUCCUCCCGGUUAUGAUCAAAAGACUCACGAAGGAUGCCACAACCGCCAACCUCUACACCGUGGGACCCAAUCUUGCGGCAUCGGUGUUCCAGGUCACCAUAUGCUGGCUCUCCGAUCGAUAUCAGCAGCGGGCGGCAUUUGCCUGUGGUACGAUAGUCAUGUCCCUAGUUGCCUGGAUCCUCCUAGGUACUCUAGACCUAGUAAGCCUGCCUCAAGUCGGCUACUUCCUGACCUAUCUCAUCGUCUGCGCCACCUUCAUCCCGAGCAACCUGGUGCCUACGUGGCUGUCGUCUAAUACGCCCAGCACGACGGGCCGCGCUGUUUCGCUUGGCCUGAACUACAUGGGUAUGAAUUUAGCAGGCAUCAUUUCAUCGCUGGUGUACAGGGCCGAAGAUGCGCCCGUCUAUCGCCCGGCGUUGAUCACGGUUGGGUGCACGCAGGCUACUUUCGUUGUCGCCGGUUUGCUGAUGCGCCAGUAUUAUGUCGGGCUGAAUAAGAAACUCGAUUCGGGCGAACUCCCGUGCGCGCCGGGUAGGGAGUCUCACCCUGAAUAUCGAUAUGCGAUCUGAGAAGUUCAUCAUAUAUUUUACGUGGAUCUAUGGGUGCUAGGUACAUCUUGGGCCAGAUCUCUAUCUAUCUGUAUACUAGGUAUCAUCUUCUUAAUUCUUAAGCACGAUGGAGGUAGGGAAUUUUGGUUGAGAACAGCGUCGCUAGGUAUGGGGAGGACGCUAGGAAAGGUUUAUUGAAUUAUUAGGGGAAAAGGGGGCGGCACCAUCAUCGUACUCCUUAAUGGCCCACUCUAAAUACUUCACAAUAUUAGCGCCAUCGCAUGGGGAUCGUCUGCUGUGCCUGCUAAGUACCUACACUAUCUCCGUGCCUAGCACAUGCAGUAGGUAAGCACCUAAAAUAUCCAUGGAUAUUGGCUGCUUGAAUGGAUCCAAACCGCCAAUCAAUACUACGUAAUUACUACCAUGUACCGGGGACAGAGAAAGGAAAUGUAGAAUAGAAACUGUACGAUGAAUA